AUGUCCGAAAUCAAACAACAACCAGCCGCCCAGCCGCAACCGGCCUAUGCAAAACACCAAAACGUGACUGGCACAGAGGAAUGGUCAAAUGGUAUCUUCGAUUGCUUUGAAAAUUCGCCUGACAAUCUUUGCCUCAAGGGAACAUUCUGCCCCUGCUUCGUGUAUGGAAAGACCCAGGCCCGUCUCCGAGAUCCAAGUUUAGCUACUUAUGAGCGCGUCAACACCGACUGCAUCACAUUUGUGGGGGCCAACUACCUCUGUGGUCUCGCAUGGGUCAUCACAUUCCUCAAGCGCGGCGAAAUUCGUCAGAAGUACGGUAUCAAAGGCGACCCAGUGACCGAUUGCCUGGUCUCCGCGUUCUGCAAUUGCUGCGCGGUUAUCCAACAGGAGAAAGAAGUCGUUCAUAAGCAGUUUACCGGUGCUAUUGAGCAGGGUUACCAAGCUCCUCAGCCCAUGACUACAAAUCAGUAA